AUGUAUGACAAGUUCGUCAGGGAACCUGGACACAAGCCAACGGAAUGUUCGCCAGGAAGUGUCACCCUCAGACAUGACGCGGCUCAUAUGAUCCGACAAGUCGGAGACCUGAUGUUCCAAAAUGCCCGACUGCUGGAAGAUUUGGUAAAGACCAUGGGCGUGGCUAUAGCGCGGAUGGCCGUGGCUGAGAGGUACAACCCAACUUUUCAGCAGUCGGCUGAGUACAAGAAUUGGGUCAAGGCAGCAGCCGAAGACUUCGACACUUGCGCCUCCGUGGGUCCCGUAUCCCAGGUUGAGAGCGAGGAUGAGAAGCAAAAGAUGAAGGAGAUGCUCCACGAGGACCUCCUUGGCCUCUGCGAGACCUACUCCACAGAGUUUAGGGUGGAUCUGAACUGCCACGCCAAGAACGAGAAUCGCGCGGGCUUGCAGGAGCGGCUUCAAAACUUCGAGGAGCUCAGGAAAGGCGCCUUCAAUGUGCAGGAGAUGGAAGGGUUAAUCCUUGAUGUCAAGCUUUCUUCACCAGCAGGCAAAGCCCUCGAAAAAAAGGUGGUUGCGUGCAAAAGCCAGAGGAAGAGUGGAGCUGACGACUGUCUGUCCUCUCUGGAUGUCCUCAGGAUCAUGCUGGCGGAAGUCGAUUUGAAACCGAUGAAGCAGCUAUGCACACGUAAAGGCUUGAUCUGCAAAAGGAAAACCACCAAGAAGUUAUGCCUCAUGCGAUGCAGCACAGCCUACGACAAGCAAGCGCUGGCCCUGAAGAUCCUAGUGUCCGCAGGGGGAGGCUCGAGCGAUAUGGCAAGCGCAAGCGAUCCCUUUGGAACAUGUGACAGCGAUCACGAUUGCUGGUUGGAGAACACGGAGUGCAUCGGGAAGGAUGAAGAGCGCUUCUGCCAAUGCAAGGAAGAUCACUGCUACACACUGGUCCAGAACCCGAAGAACCAGGCGGACAAAGCAGACAUGAUCCCCUUCUGCAAGGAACGGUCGAAGGAAUGGCGCGGUAUUGCCAACCAAGUAAAACGUAAUUUCCUGACCUACCGCUACACACUGGGGCAGAUGAUUGGUCAGAUGAAGAAUCUACCCGCUUAA